UUUUGUGCGGAAAAGAAAAAGAAAAAGAAAGUGGAAAAAAAAAAAUACUCAGACAGACUACCUAACAGUUGAAUACUUAGUACAAAUUUGAACAUUUCCAACCCAAAUCCCUGUAAGCAUCACUCAAUUUUCUUAGAGUUAGUCCCUCGAAACAUGGUGGUUAGUUACACGACAAAUUUCUGAUACUAGUACUCUCCUCUUCUUUCUCUUUCUCUCUCCACUUUGUAAUUUUAUAUUAUGCGCUCCUCCUCUUUCCUUCUCUCUCUUAGCUUUGGGAACUGUGUUCACCAGAAGUAGACGAAGAAAAACAACCAAAGACAGAAGAAGAAAGCUCAUUCUACAACUUGUGGGUCAGCGGGCAUUGAAUUAGCAAAGAUUACAUAACCUCACUUUUGUUUCAAUUUUCUAGCUGGAAAGGAAGUUAAAAGAUGCAGACUCCUAAAACAAGAAUCAGCUCUUCAGCAGCUCCUCAAAAGAUCUCCCCUCGAGCUGUACGCCAACUCAAGACAACUGCUUUAGAGAUUGACCCUGCAUCUUCUUCAAAUCAAGCAAGCAGGACACCAAAAGACAGAAGCCCUAAAGCAAGUAGGACACCAAAAGAAAGAAGCCCUAAAGUCAUUGAGCGCAGGUCACCAAGAAGCCCGGUGUUUGAGCUCCAGAAGAAGCGCCCAAGCAGGAUUUCUGAGUUGGAAUCUCAGAUUUCUCAACUUCAGGAGGAUCUGAAGACGGGGAAGGACAAUCUAAGUUCAGCUGAGUCAUGGAAGAGGCAAGCCGAGCAGGAUGCAGGGGAGUCCAAAAUGCAGCUAUCAGCAAUGUCUUCGAAGCUCGAAGAGUCCCAGAAGCAGCUCUUGGAGCUGUCCACUUCUGAGGAGGCCCAUAUCAUUGAGCUCCAGAAGAUAUCUCAGGACCAGGAUCAAGCAUGGCAGUCAAAGCUCGAGGCCAUCCAGAAGCAGCACUCAGUCGACUCAGCUGCAUUGGCCUCUGCCAUGAAUGAGAUUCAGCAGCUGAGGAUCCAGCUUGACAUGGUAGCUGAAUCUGAGAGCGGACAGACAAAGGACCCAGAAUCAGCGCAUGCCGAGCUCCAGAGCUUGAAAGAAAACCUGGCAGAAACUCUUUCUCAAGUGGAAAGCAUGAAAAUUCAGCUGAAGGAUUGCAAAGAAUCAGAAGCUCAAGCCCAAGCACUUGUUGCUGAAACUUUGAUGCAACUAGAAACAGCCAAAAAGACUGUAGAGAGCCUCAGCUCAGAUGGUAUUAAAGGGCCGGAGGCUUACAAUGCCAUAGCUUCAGAGCUCGACCAAUCAAGGGCACAAGUAAACUCGCUGGAAGGACUUGUUAGCAAACUUAAGGCGGAUAUUGUUCAGUCUGGCAGCAAAUAUUCUCAAAAUUCGGCCAGUGAUCAUCAACUUGACUGGGAAACUGCAGAAAAUGAAAAGACUGAGAAAUCAAUCCAGCUCGAGGAAGAACUUAGCGCUUUGAAGGCUGAGGUAUGUCAGCUAAAAACUGCACUAGAGACUGCUGAGAGAAGAUUUCAUGAAGAACAAAUUCAAAGCAUAGUGCAGAUUGGGAGUGCAAAUGAAUUGGUGGAGCAGGUUAAGUCCUUGUCAAGUCUCAAAGAAGCUGAACUGGAGGCUGAACUAACUAAAACAAAAGCUGAUAUUGAGGAAAUGAAGGCAAACUUGAUGGACAAGGAAACUCAAUUACAGGGUAUUUUGGAGGAGAAUGACGAAAUAAAUAUGAAGCUGGAGAAGAGCUUAUCACGCCAGAGAGAACACGAACUGGAAAAGGAACUGAAAAAAUUAAAUGAACAUGUUGAAGAUCUGAAGGCGAAUUUGAUGGAUAAGGAAACAGAAUUGCAGAAUAUAUCUGAGGAAAAUGAGAUGCUGAAGUUUGAAGUCAAGAAAAGGGAAAUGAAAGGGGAAAAAGUGAACGAGGAGGUUGUUGCUGAAGUAGAGGCAAGAAGGGCUGCAGAACAGGAGGCUCUCGUGAAGCUCGGGCACGCUACAGAGGAAAUAAAUAAGAGUAAUAGAAGGGCAGCACAGGCAGCUGAGCAGUUGGAGGCAGCACAGGCAGCAAAUUCAGAAAUUGAGGCAGAAUUAAGAAGGGUAAAGGUGCAAUCCGACCAGUGGAGGAAGGCUGCAGAGGCAGCUGCAGCUAUGCUUUCAACAGCAAAUAACGGGAAAUUCAUUGAAAGAACAGGAUCAUUGGACAGUAACUAUGAUCCCAUAACUGGGAAGAUUAGCUCACCUUAUUCUGAAGACUUGGAGGAUGAUUUGCCAAAGAAGAGAAACGGUAACAUGCUGAAGAAGAUUGGGGUUUUGUGGAAAAAGCCGCAGAAAUAGAAGCACCAUGAGAGUUGCGAGACAGGUUGAAUAUUCUUUGCUACUGUUUUUAAAUUUAGUUUCAAUUCUGUAAUUACAACUAUGUGGUUGGUUUCUAAUUUAGGUACUCUUGGUGGUGUGACGAAAGUUGGGGCUUUCUUAGCGAAAAGAAAUUUGUGUUUUGGUUGCACUUCUGCUCUCAUGAGCAAUAUGUUAAUUUGUUAUUACAAAAGCCCAGUCCUUCUUCCUUCACCCAUAAACAUUAUAAUGUACUACGACAUUGUUAAUCUAUAAAAUGGUAAUUUUGAACUUUU